AUCAUCCUAGCCUCUCUUCCCUUUCACUUGGACUUACCCUGACACCCAUCAGGCUCAGCAAAUUACCUGGGCUGUACUGCUGCAAGGCUUCACAGACAGACCCCAUUACUUCAGUCAAGCCCAAAUUUCAUCCUCAUCUGUUACCUAUCUCAGCAUAAUUCUCGGAAAAACACACGUGCUCUCUCUGCUGAUCGUGUCCAGUUAAUCUCCCAAACCUCAAUCCCUUACAAAACAACAACUCCUUUCCUUCCUAGGCAUGGUUUGUGCCGUCAGAAUUCUUACACAAGAGCCAGGACUGCACCCUGUAGCCUUUCUGUCCAAACAACUUGACCUUACUGUUUUAGCCUAGCCCUCAUGUCUGUGUGCAGCGGCUGCCACUGCUUUAAUACUUUUAGAGGCCCUCAAAAUCACCAACUAUGCUCAACUCACUCUCUACAUUUCUCAUAAUUUCCAAAAUCUAUUUUCUUCCUCAUACCUGACACAUAUACUUUCUGCUCCCUGACUCCUUCAACUGUACUCACUCUUUGUUAAGUCCCACAAUUACCAUUGUUCCUGGCCCAGACUUCAAUCCAGCCUCCCACAUUAUUCCUGAUACCACACCUGACCCCCAUAACUAUCUCUCUCAUCCACCUGACAUUCAUCCCAUUUCCCCAUAUUUCCUUCUUUCCUGUUCCUGAGCCUGAUCACACUUGAUUUAUUGAUGGCAGUUCCACCAGGCCUAAUCACCACACACCAGCAAAGGCAGGCUAUGCUAUAGUACAAGCCACUAUCCCUCCUCUUAGAACCUCUCGUUUCCUUUCCAUUGUGGAAAUCUAUCCCCAAGGAAAUAACUUCUCAGUGUUCCAUCUGCUAUUCUACUACUCCUCAGGAAUUAUUCAGGCCCCCUCCUUUCCCUACACAUCAAGCUUGAAGAUUUGCCCCCACCCAGGACUGGCAAAUUAGCUUUACUCAACAUGCCCCAAGUCAGAUAACUAAAAUACCUCUUAGUCUAAGUAGACACUUUCACUAGAUAAGUAGAGGCCUUUCCUACAGGGUCUGAGAAGGCCACCACAGUCAUUUCUUCCCUUCUGUCAGACAUAAUUCCUCAGUUUAGCCUUCCCACCUCUAUACAGUCUGGUAACAGACCAGCCUUUAUUAGUCAAAUCAGCCAAGCAGUUUUUCAGGCUCUUAGUAUUCAGUAAAACUUUUAUAUCCCUUAUGGUCCUCUGUCUUCAAGAAAAGUAGAACUGACUAAAGGUCUUUUAAAAACACACCUCACCAAGCUCAGCCACCAACGUAAAAAGGACUGGAAAGUACUUUUACCACUUUCCCUUCUCAGAAGUGAGACCUGUCCUCAGAAUGCUGCAAGGUGCAGCCCAUUUAAGCUCCUGUAUAGACAUUCCUUUUUAUUAGGCCCCAGUCUCAUUCGACACCAGACCAACUUAGACUGUGCCUCAAAAAAACUUGUCAUCCCUACUAUCUUCUGUCUAGUCAGACUCCUAUUCACCGUUCUCAACUACUCAUACAUGCCCUGUUCUUGUUUACACUGCCAGUUUACACUCUUUCUCCAAGCCAUCACAGCUGAUAUCUCCUGGUGCUAUCCCCAAACUGCCACUCUAAACUCUUGAAGUAAAUAAAUAAUCUUUGCUGGCAGGACUAUGCUGAACCUCCUUAGGCACUCUCUAAUCAGAUGUCCUAGGUCCUCCCAAUUCUCAGACCUUUUAUACCUGUUUUUCUCCUUCUCUUUUUCCAUUUAGUUUCUCAAUCCAUCCAAAACCGUAUGCAGGUCAUCACCAAUAAUUCUAUAUGACAAAUGUUUCUUCUAACACCCCCACAAUAUCACCCCUUUCCACAAGAUCUCCCUUCAGCUUAAUCUCUCCCACUCUAGCUUCCCACGCCACCUGAAUCCCGCUUGAAGCAGCUGUGAGAAACAUCGCCCAUUCUCUCUUCAUACCACCCCCCAAAAAUUUUCACUGCCCCAAUACUUCAACACUAUUUUAUUUUUCUUAUUAAUAUAAGAUGGCAGGAAUGUCCGGCCUCUGAGCCCAAGCCAAGCCAUCGCAUCUCCUGUGACUUGCACGUAUACACCCAGAUGGCCUGAAGUAACUGAAGAUCCACAAAAGAAGUCAAAAUAGCUUUAAGUGAUUACAUUCCACCAUUGUGAUUUGUUCCUGCCCCACCCUAACUGAUCAAUGUACUCUGUAAUAUCCCCCACCCUUAAGAAGGCUCUUUGAAAUUCUUCCCACCCUUGAGAAUAUACUUUGUGAGAUCCACCCCUGCCCGCAAAACAUGGCUCUUAACUUCACCGCCUAACCCAAAACCUACAAGAACUAAUGAUAAUCCAUCUCCCUUCAUUGACUCUCUUUUCGGACUCAGCCGGCAUGCACCGAGGUGAAAUAAACAGCCAUGUUGCUCACACAAAGCCUGUUUGGUGGUCUCUUCACACGGACGCGCACGGACGUCCCCCAAGAGCAGAAGGAGUGAGCGGGUGUCUUUCAGGCUGUAGGGGGUGAGGGCGAGACGGACAGUGAUGUCCAGCCAUGCGCCCGGGGGGCCACAGGAGACCUCCGCCACAAAGCUGAGGAAAAGCCAAGCACACCUGAAAACCUGCGAGACAGGGCCUGUGCAGGAAUCCAAGCCACAUUCAGGGAUGCCUGCCAGAGGGGCUGAGAGGUUUCCACAAACUACACCCCACCCCAACCCCGCCACCCGGUAGGUACCCCCGACCCUACCACCCUUGCACCCAGCAAAACCCAGUCCCUUUGACUUCCUGACAUCCAUGGCAGCCAGAAGAUUCAGCGCUAGAAGCCUCUUUCCCCAGGAGCAGAGGAACCCGAUGGCCCUCAAGAAUCAGAGAGGAAGUGCAGGUGGCAUGCCACACCGCCUUUCCUAGAAGGCAAAUGUCAGGAACGGUCGGGUUGCCUCCCGCUCUUCCUGGACGGACCACGGGGCAACAGAGACCCAGAAAGCUUCGCUGUCCCAGACACCUAUGGAAGCCCAGAGCUCCAGGAUCACCACACCUGCCCAAUCAUGCUGAAAGAGGUUUGGAGAAGGAAACAAUCAUGACACCGACCCCCAGGAACUUUCUCCCGGAUGGACUGGGAAGUCUUCUGGGUUGAAGACAUUGAGCCAGACUAAGAAGCCCCUAGGCUUCUCAGAAACAGGGCAGGCAGAGCAAGAGGGAGGACAGAGCAGAGGCCAGAGACCAGCAGGAUUGGCAGCAAUGCCACCACCACGGCCAUCCGGGGAGGAGUGCCAAACGGGUGACUUGGCCAAGAUGGCCAGCGUUUGAGCCACAGAGAUGCUUGCCCCAUCCCGUUGCCGGCUUCCUUCUCCGUCCCUGUGUCGAGCUGUGGCUAGAUUUCUCAAGGAGGGCAAAGGGCGAGAGGAGUGAGAAGCAUCUUCUUCAAGAUCUGUGGGCACCCUCCUGCGGGUGGACAAUGAGCCCCUCUGAGGCCUUUGUCCUUGGCUGGGGUGUGGUCGUCUUGAUCCCAGCAAAGAGGCUGCUCAGGAUAGGGAGGGGAUGAAAACCCCUGCGGGUCCGACGCAGGUGCCCGCGUUGCCCAGGCCUUCACAAACCCAAACUGGAACCGCCGGGAAAACGUCUGCCAACGGGCCACACAACCCAGGUAGAGACCCGGGGAGAGGCUGACCACAAGAUAGGCUGACGUGGGAGAAACCACCCUCUGGUGCAAAGGGCACCUGUGUCCCAGCAAACACGCAGGCACAGAUGGACAGAGAUAGUAAAAGAGAGCGAUGGAAACAGCGAGAAGGGAGAGAGAGAGAUAUCUGAGAGAGACAUAAGUGGGCACACAGACACACACAGACACACACACACACACACACACCCCAAACGCAGACACACAUACAGCAGGUAACACCCACCCCCAGGCAGCCCCUGAAGCUGCCGGGUUCUCCUCUCCGCGACUACGACCCACCGGUGAGAGAGCAGCCCACGGGCACACGGGCAGACCUGUCCUCGACAUCACAAGGGCACCACUUUUGGGGAGACUCACGGGCACACCGUCCGCGCACACCUGAGGCUGGGAUCCCGCGCUGCCUCCCCGGCGAUCCGUCUGAGGUUUCCUCCUCCUGAGGCUUCUCCCUGCUGGUCGACCCUCCGCGAAUCCCGGCCUCCGAGACCAUCCUGUUAAUGCCCUGGCCAGGACUGAUCUCAGCCCCAACUCUGACGCACGGUCACAGAGGGCUCCUACUUGGCCCAGUCUCAGGGACUCACCCCAAGGCAACGGUGGUGGUCACUGUUACCAAAGCUGCGGCUCCGGCCUCGCGCAUGCGCACUGGAGAGGCCGACUCGCCCCUGGCCCCAGAGAGUCAGGCUGCGGACCCUUUAAAAAAUGGCGGCGACGCGGCAGGUUGCGGAGACCCGGGCGGCGGUGGCGGCGCUUGCGGCGGCGGUGGCGGCGCUUGCGGCGGCGAAGGCAGCGCAGCCCGAGGCGGCGGGUGGGAAAAGGAUUGCCAGAGGGGCCUGCGGGAGACCCAGGGUCGGACCCGUAGGGGUCCUGCCGUCAGGACCUCCUUGAUCGGUCUUCUGCUUGUUCCCGGUGGAGGAGGAGCUUCAGGGUGCCGGCUGGGCUGUGCAGACUCCUCUUCGGAUCCGAGGAUGGAUCCCACCGGGUGAUCGAGAAUGGGGUUGCAAUGCAGUGAGGCGGGAAGGGUCUCGCUGGGGCACAGAAAGAUCCCUAGGGCCCCAAGGCGUGCUGUCGGCGGAAAAUGAACUGACACACAAGCCCACUGCCUCCCUCCUUCCUGGGUGGAGCAGUGGCCUGCCUUCAUCUCCAAGGCCUGGGGGCUCCGGCAUACCGACACUGCUUCCCGCGACACGUGCAAAGACAGACAUAGGCGAGUCCGAGAUGGAGCCAGUGUGACCACACGUGGCACCGACGUCCCCAAAAGCAGAUGGAGUGAGCAGGUGUCUUUGAGGCCGUAGGGGGCGAUGGCGAGACGGACAGUGAUGUCCAGCCGUGCGCCCGGGGGCCACGGGAGACCUCCGCAACAAAGCUGAGGAAAAGCCAAGCGCACCUGAAAACCUGCGAGACAGGGCCUGCGCCCGAAUCCAAGCCACAUUCAGAGAUGCCUGCCAGAGGGGCCGAGAGCUUUCCACAAACUACACCCCACCCCCACCCCGCCAUCGGGUAGGUACCCCCGACGCGACCUCCCCUGCACCCAGCAAAACCCAGUCCCUUUGGCUUCCUGACAUCCGUGGCAGCCAGAAGAUUCAGCGCUAGAAGCCUCUUUCCCCAGGAGCAGAGGAACCCGAUGGCCCUCAAGAAUCAGAGAGGAAGUGCAGGUGGCAUGCCACACCGCCUUUCCUAGAAGGCAAAUGUCAGGAACGUUCGGGUUGCCUCCCGCUCUUCCUGGACGGACCACGGGGCCACAGAGACCCAGAAAGCUUCCCUGUCCCAGACAGCUAUGGAAGCCCAGAGCUCCAGGAUCACCACACCUGCCCAAUCAUGCUGAAAGAGGUUUGGAGAAGGAAACAAUCAUGACACUGACCCCCAGGAACUUUCUCCCGGAUGGACUGGGAAGUCUUCUGGGUUGAAGACAUUGAGCCAGACUAACAAGCCCCUAGGCCUCUCAGAAACAGGGCAGGCAGAGCAAGAGGGAGGACAGAGCAGAGGUCAGAGCCCAGGCAGGAUUGGCGGCAAUGCCACCACCACGGCCAUCCGGGGAGGAGUGCCAAACGGGUGACUUGGCCACGAAGGCCAGCGUUGGAGCCACAGAGAUGUUUGCCCCAUCCCAUUGCCGGCUUCCUUUUCCGUCCCUGUGUCGAGCUGUGGCUAGAUUUCUCAGUGAGGGCACACGCGAGAGGAUUGAGAGGAGUGAGGUCGAUGGGCACCUCGACCUGCAUAAGCAGGUUGAUGAUGAGCUUUUGUGAGAAUUUUUUCCUUUGCUGGGGUGUGGUUGUCUUGAUUCUAGCAAUGAGGCCGCUCAUGAUUGGGAGCUGAUUUAAUCCCCUCCGUGUCUCAUGUAGCUCCCCACGUUGCCCACCGGUCACGAACCCAAACUGUAACCGCCUGGAAAACGAAUGACACCCGGCCACAUGACCCAGACAGAGAUGCGAGGAGAGACUCACCAGAAGAAAGGCCAAGGUACAAGAAACCGCCCUUCAUUGCCCAUGCAUCCCAACACACGCACGCACCCGCGCACACACGGAUGGAAACUGGUAGAGAGUGAUAGACGGAGAAUGAAAACAGAAAUAAGAGAAAGAGACACAACCCAGACAUACUGCAGUGGCACAGUAACAUUCAUCCCCAGGCAGCCCCUGAAGCCUCUGGGUUCUGCUCUGCGCGACAACGACCCUGGGGUGAGAGAGCAGCCCUUGGGCAUACAAGCAGACCUGUCCUGGAGAUCGCAAGGGCACGACUUUUGGGGAGACUCACCGGCACACCGUCCGCGCAGGCCUGAGCCUGGGAUACUGCGCUGCUUCCCAGACGCUCCGCCUGAGGUUUCUUCCUCCUGGUCGAACCUCCGCGAAUCCUGGCCUCGGGAUACCAUCCCGUCGACGCCCCAGUGAGGACUAGACUUAGCCCCGAGGCCGAUGCGCUGCCACAGAAGGCUCCUCCUUCGCGGAGAGUGAAGAACUCAUCUCCAGACAACGGUGGCGGUCUCUGUGACACUGAGCAUCGCCCUGUUACCCAGGCUAAAGUGCAGUGGGAAGAUCUCAGCUCACUGCAACCUCUGCCUCCAAGGUUCAAGAGAUUCUCCUGCCUCAGCCUCCCAAGUAGCUGGGAUAAACUAAACUAAACUACUAAACUAAACUAAACUGCUAAACUAAGGGGUUUGGAGGGCUCCUGGAUUAUUGAACACGUAAAGGUUCCUGGAGGGUGGUGCAGCCAGAGACGGCAUGGAAGCUCUGCACCCCUCCCCCAUAUCUUGCCCUAUGCAUCUCUUCCUUCUGGCUGUUAAUCUGUAUCCUUGUCAAUAUCCUUUAUAAUAAAUGGGUAAACAUAAGUAAA